AUGCCCAGCUUUGCCGACAUCUACGCGAGCUGCUUGUACGCUGCGGGAGAAGGUCUGCCCCUCUGGAACCCGUCCCCGCUUCGCCUUGGAGACGUCGGCUACGUUCGCGAUGGCUCCUUCAUCGUCCUCUACAACGCCGUCGAUGGUCCCGCCGCCUUGUCCGAUGCGGCUGACAUCAGCCUCGCCCGUCAGACGGAUCGCUCCGCCUCACGCGAGCGUCCGCGCGCUGGAUCCAACGCUUCGGACUGGAUGGACCUGGACGAGUCUAGUCAUGUUGCUGGUGCAGUAGCGGCAUCGUCCAGACGAUCAUCGUUGGCGACGUCGAGCAUCGGCUCCUCUCUGGCCUCUGUUCCGAUGUCGAGGUCGGCAGCAUCCGACUCGCUUUUGUCGGCCGCGAUGAAGCAGACAUCUCCAACAUUCGCCCACCGCAAGCUCCGCUCAGAUACGCCGCCCGAAGGCCCAUACCCUCCGAUGCCGCUGGCUGUCGAUCAGGAGGUGCCCAAGCUCUUUGACAUGGGUCCACGCAUGUCGUCCAACUAUCGCUGCCUCGGCAUUGACGUGGGUGCCACCGUUCCAGGCACCCCGGCCAGUGUCAAGAUUGGCUUUGAGAGCUCGGGCGGUGACGGCGCCAUCCUCAUCCCACGCGAUCCUACCGAGCGUACCAGGCUCAAGUAUCUCGGUGUGCUCAAGGCGUACAUCAAGGCGCACCACAAGUGGAUCUACGACACGUACGGCCGCAUCGAGGCGAUCGGCAUCGACGACUUGGCGCUCAUCUACGGCCAGGACCGUACGUCGGACUGGGCGGUGGCCGUGUCGCGCGAUACUGCCCGCGGCGCGCGCGUCGAGUUUGAGAUCUUUGGAGGCAUCUCGUCUGGGUUCUGGGGCAACUGGUCACAUGCGCUGAGCGCCUGCCAGCGCGGACCCCAUCGGCCAAAGGGGAGUCGCAACAAGGCCGCAGCGGCCGCAGAGCCGGACGGACGCAAAGCCCAGCACAUCCACGCGCCCGUCGUGCGCAAACGCAGCUCCGAAGAGCCCAAGAUCGGCACGGGCGUUGGCUUCGGUGAAGGCAUCUUCAACGCCUCGUUCUCCUUCUCUCCGUUCGCGAAGAAGGAUGAGGCCGACGAGGCUCCGGUCCGUGGCCGCAGUCGAUCGCCACCGCGGCGCGCGCACAGCAUUACGUGGUCAGAGGUGCAUGCGCCGCCGGACCAGACCAUCUCGAUCCGUCGAAUCACCGCUUGCACCAGCCUCGGUGGCUUCCUCCCUGCGCGGCCUCGAGCGGCAGCCGAACCGCGCGAUCCCGAUGUGGACCGUAGGCGCGAUAUGGAGGGCGCUCCUCUCUCCAGCACCUAUGGAUCCGCUCAGGACGACGGCGACGGCGAAACAAGCUCGGACGAGCAAUGGCGCGACGAUCCGUUGGAGGCGCUGCAUGCGUGGAUCCACAAGCACGGUGGCGCUCGCGUCAAGGUAUCGAUCGCUUCGGACGACGACUGCCUUUGGGUGCUGACGCUUCUUGGCACGGAGCAUGCGGUUGCGAUGGGGCUUCGGAAGGCCGUCUGUGUCGCUGCGGACCGAUACGCGAGCGUCGUCGUGGACGAAGGCGGAUUUGCCACGAUCACGGUAAAGCCUUUCGCGAUUCCUUCAGCUGGAGCAGCGACGAUUCGCGUGCGGUCGCGGCCAGGCGCGACCGACGUUGGGGACGAAAAGGAGAACGUCGGCGCCCAGCCGGCUCUGCGUGCGUUGCCGCGUGGCGCAGCGUCGAAAUUGCGCGUGCUGCAGCCUUCGUCUCGGUUCGAUCCGAUGCUUCCAUGCCGAUCGAUGCGCGCCUUUGGUGCUGCACCAUCCCCACUCGUCCAGCCGGUUGGCCCUUUUUUUGGCGCGCCUGCCGCGCUGAGCAUUUCGCCGAAUUUCUCGGCUCAGGCGGGCCAAGAAGAACCGGCGAGCGUUUGUUGGGGAUCAGCAACAUGCUCGUCUAAGCUCACUUUGCUUCUCGACCAUCAACCGCACCACCAUCUCUUGCUCGAAGCAACUCGGAAACAAAAGGUCGGGAUGGCGCAUUUGUACCCGCACCUGCGCUUGCACCAGGUGUUUGGCGCAAACACUGAUGUGGGCAAGACCAUCUUUACGACGGCGCUGUGUCUGGCGUCGUCUGCGCUGCCGCUCGGCUCCUCCUCGGCGGGACCGGAGGAUGUGUUUGCGGCAUCGGCGCAGGGGCUCGGCGAGCGCGUGCACUAUCUGAAGCCGGUCUCGACGGGUGCGCUGACGGACGCCGACGAUGCACACGUGUCGCGCUACGUUCCGCGGGCAGAGUACAAGACGCUGUACAGGUUCAGCGAGCCAGUGAGCCCCCACCUUGCGGUCGAGCUCGAGCGUCGAGCCAAGUUGGCGGAGCGGGAGACGGGGCAGGAACCUGCACCGCCUAGCGACGAGGACUUUGUGCGCGAUGUCGGCAACUGGAUCCACGCUGCUGCGGCAGCACAGCACGAGGGCGCGGUCGCGUACGUCGAGACUGCCGGCGGCGUGCAUUCCCCGGGCCCAAGCGGACUGUCCCAGUCGCAUCUGCUGCGUCCACUUCGGAUUCCAACGGUGCUCGUGGGGUCGGCCGAGCUCGGUGGGAUUAGCACCACAAGGUCCGCAUUCGAAAGCCUGCUGGUGGCAGGAUACGACGUGGAGGCGGUGCUGCUCUUCCCCUCGCCGCGCUACGGCAAUGUCGAGUACCUGCGCAAGUUCUUUGCGGAAGAACACAACAUCCCCGUGUUUGGUCUAGGUGGUCCGAACGAUUCCAACACGUACGGUCCGCCACCCACGCGCAACAUCGACAGUGCUGCCGAUCGUGCGGCCAUGGCGCGCUUCUACCAGGGCCUCGUUGCGGGGCGCACGUCCGAGUCGGCGGAGGAGAGCGCGGAUGGGGUGUACGGUGUGGUGCGUCAUCUGCGCGAGCGACACGCUGCACGCAUCCGCGAGCUGGGCAGCAUGGCCCAGCGCACGCGCGAUACGUGCUGGUGGCCCUUCACCCAGCACCAGCUCACGCGCACCAACGCCGAGGUCAACGUGAUCGACAGCGCCUACGGCGACUUCUUCAGCAUGCUCGACCAACGCCCCGCCACCAACAGCAGCGGCGGUGGGGGACUCUUGCAGCCCGUGUUUGACGGCAGUGCAACACAUGCGGCGGGUCGAUACGGACACGUGCUCUUCCCCAACGGCACGCACGAACCAGCCCUACAGCUAGCAGAACAGCUCACGGGCAAAAACACCGCCGAAGCUUCGCUCCAGACGAAUCCCGGGUAUGGAUGGGCGGACAGAGUGUUUUUCAGCGACGACGGAAGUACGGGCAUGGAGGUGGCGCUCAAGAUGGCGCUGCAGGCGUCGAUUGCGCGCUACGCCGUGCGCGCCUCGAGCGACAAGGCGGCGGAGAAGGCCAAGUCGGGCCAGCAAGCGGGGUAUAGGGGUGGCAGGCCCAAGCAGGAGUGGGAGGUGCUCGGACUCAAGGGCAGCUACCACGGCGAUACGAUUGGCGCCAUGGACGCGUGCGAGCCGAGCGUGUACAGCGAGGCCGUGCACUGGUACCGUGGCCGAGGGUUUUGGUUCGAUCCUCCCACCGUCGAACAGCGCAGCGCAGGCAGUGUGACCAUCUCGCUGCAGGUGGCCGACAAGGACCUUGCCGAGCGUAUGCGCACGUACCACCUGCCCAACGAGCUCAAGGGCGCACAGGGCAACGUGUUCGAACGCACCUACUCGUCCAUGCAGGAGGUGUACGACGUCGAGGCCCGACUCAAGGCAAAUGAUCCGCUGGUGCAGUUCUACACCGACUCGAUCCGCGAUACCUUGCGCCGGCUCACCAAGGAGGAGGGACGCAAGUUUGGCGCGCUCGUGCUCGAGCCGCUCGUCAUGGGCGCUGGCGGCAUGGUGUUUGUCGACCCGCUCUUUCAGCGUGUGCUCAUCGACACGUGCCGUGCCAGCCAGGACCUCUUCUCGCUCACCGACCCGCCACUCUCGUCAUCCACCAACGUCGCCGCGGAAGGGUGGCAGGGGAUCCCGGUGAUCUUUGACGAGGUCUUCGCGGGGCUCUACCGUCUGGGUGCGUGCACAACCGCAUCGGUGCUGGGAACCACGCCCGACAUCUCGGUGCUCGCCAAGAUCCUCACGGGAGGCAUGGUGCCGAUGUCGGUCACGCUUGCGUCUUCGGCCAUCUUUGACGUGUUCAACCGCUCCGACUCCAAGGUCGAUGCGCUGCUGCACGGACACAGCUACACGGCGCACCCGAUCGGAUGCGCGGUCGCCAUCGAGACGCUCAGAGCGAUCGAGGCGCUCAAGCAGUCGUCUGACUGGAAGAAGGCUCAGGCGCAGUGGCAGGCGGGAGACAAGGGCGUCUGGUCGUUCUGGUCCAAGGAUUCUGUCGAGCAGCUGGCGGCGCUGGAGGGAGUCGAUCAUGCAGUCGCCAUGGGCUGCGUCCUCAAGGUCGCGAUCAAAGACAGCCAGGGCGGCUACACCUCGACUGCGGCCGUGGACGUGCUCAAGAAGCUGCGGUACGGAAAGUCGGCCAGCCAGGGCCAUCCCAGUGUGCCCACGCAGCAGCCAGAGGAUGAGGAGACUCUGCCGUACAACGUGCAUGCGCGCCCGCUGGGCAACGUCAUCUACCUCAUGUCGUCGCUCAACACGCCGCCUAGCGUGCUGCGCACCUCGGAACGCGUGCUACACAAUGCACUGCGCUCCGCCACCUCGUAG